CAAUCAAAUUCAAUUAAUUUCAAAUUUUGUUUUCAUAUUCUUAUUCAAUCCGAUCUCUCUUCACCCGAUUUUCCAAACUUUUCUUUUUCUUUGGGGUUUGACUAACUGUUCAUUCGAUUUCAGUUUUCCUCUUUGUCAAUGGCAGCUUCAUCAGACCCAUGGAUAAAAGAAUACAACGAAGCAGUAAAAAUUGCAGAUGAUAUCAAUGGUAUGAUAUCUGAGAGGAUUUCCUUACCUGCAUCGGGACCAGAAACUCAGCGUCACUCAUCGGCUAUAAGAAGGAAGAUUACAAUUUUAUGGACUAGACUUGAUGGAUUGCAGUCCCUUAUGUCAAGACCUACUGGGAAGCCCUUAACAGAGAAGGAGAUGAACCGUCGCAAGGAUAUGGUUGCAAAUUUGAGAUCAAAAGUGAGUCAGAUGGCUUCUACCUUCAAUAUGUCAAAUUUUGCAAACCGAGAUAGCUUGUUGGGGCCAGAAACAAAGACUGAUGCCAUGAGUAGAACAAUUGGUUUGGAUAACUCUGGCCUUGUUGGUCUUCAACGACAAAUUAUGAAAGAGCAAGAUGAGGGCCUUGAGAAGUUGGAGGAGACAGUAAUAAGUACGAAGCAUAUUGCAUUGGCGGUCAAUGAAGAACUUGAUCUGCAUACCAGACUCAUUGAUGACCUGGACCAACAUGUGGACGUCACUGAUUCUCGCCUACGGCCUCAGAAUACACAGAAUAUGUCAUGUGAGAGUGCAGAAAAACCUAGCAAUUCUGAACAAGCGAACCAAAGGUGGCUGUUCCUGUAUGUGCAUGCUAUUAGCUGUUAUUGGAAUUGUGAUUCUGAUUGUCACCAUAUACCUUCUGAUCAAAUAUUUGUAAUUACCGACCAUUGCAAACGCAACAAGCUUCGCCAUUGUUGUAUGUGGGUGUCAUGAGAGGAAUUGGUUCAGUUAUUACCUCCCUGUUGGAAACUUAAUAUUUGGCAUUGUGCCUUCUCUUUUCCUUUUUAUCUUUCCGUGCUGUGUGUGAAGAUGUUGAGCCAGCUCAAACUAAGUAAAUUGCAAGUAAUUUAAGUCUUGUAGACAUUUUGAUUAUCAUAUAUAUUAUCUUUUGAUGUUGAA